GAGCUAUUAAUGUCAAUGACUGAAAACCAAUUCAUCCACGUCUUCAACUCCCUGCCGUUUCAGUCGAUUCGCUUCACCAUUCUCGCCGUUUAUAAACUCCCCCAAGCUUCACCAUCUUUUCACCACAAAAGCUUCUGCAAUCAACAAUGGCGACCAGAUUCCUCCUCUGCUUUCUCUUACAGACCAUUUCCUUAUUCCUUUUCACUUCAUCCUCUCGCCCUAACCUAACCAUCGAGCUCAUCCACCGCGAUUCUCCACGUUCUCCACUCUACAAUUCCCUCGACACCAUUUCAGACCGCCUGAAAGCAGCUUUUCGCCGUUCUGUCUCCCGUUCCAGACAUUUCAAGAACCCUAAAGCUCCAUUCUCUUCCAAAACCGAUCUCAAAUCCGGUUUACUCGCUGAAGGUGGCGAGUAUUUCAUGAGUAUCUCACUGGGUACUCCUCCACUAAAGGUCCUCGCCAUUGCUGACACAGGCAGUGACCUUACAUGGGUGCAAUGCCGUCCUUGUCAGCAAUGUUACAGGCAAACAGGUAAAAUCUUCGACAAGACGAAAUCAUCCACGUACAAGAACGAGCCUUGUGGUUCGCACGUUUGCCACGCUUUGGACAUAACCGAACGAGGAUGUGAUAUUUCGGGCAACGUCUGCAAGUAUCGUUACAGCUAUGGCGACCAGUCAUUCACCAGAGGAGAUAUUGCCACUGAAACCAUUGCCGUUGCUUCUUCUUCGUCACCUGUUUCUUUCCCUGGAAUUGUCUUCGGCUGCGGCUACAGCAAUGGCGGCACGUUUGACGAGACUGGUUCUGGGAUCAUCGGCCUCGGCGGCGGCCCAUUAUCCCUGGUUUCCCAACUCGGCUCCACCAUUGGGAAGAAAUUCUCGUAUUGCUUGUCACACACGUCAUCUACCGCGAACGGGACAAGCGUCAUAAACCUCGGAACCAACUCCGUAACCCUAAAUUCCGACAACGACCCUCCAGUUGUAGCGACUCCAUUGAUCGAUAAAGCUCCCAACACGUACUACUACCUGACCCUCGAAGCCAUCACAGUCGGAAAGACGAGAAUUCCGUACACCGGAGCUUCUUACAACCUCAACGGCGACGACGAAAUCUCGCAGGCGGGAAACAUAAUCAUCGACUCGGGCACAACACUUACGCUCCUCGACUCGGGUUUCUACGACAAAUUCGGAUCGGUGGUGGAAGAUUCCGUGACCGGAGCCAAGCCAGUGAGUGACCCGGAAGGGCUUUUGACGCAUUGCUUCAGAUCAGGAGAAGCCGAGAUCGGUUUGCCGGAGAUAAUCGUGCAUUUCACGGGCGCCGACGUGAGGCUGAGUCCGAUGAACGCGUUCGUCAGAGUGAGGGACGACUUGGUUUGCCUGAGUAUGAUUCCGACCACUGAUGUUGCCAUUUUCGGAAACUUAGCUCAGAUGGAUUUCCUUGUCGGCUACGACUUGGAGGCCAGAACGGUGUCGUUUCAGCCCAUGGAUUGCUCUCGGAGUGUGUGA